CACCCACUCAUUCUAGCGCUUACGUGCCUCCUUCCCUCUUCCCACCUUCCCACCUGUCGUCGUCGUCGUCGUCGUCGUCGUCCUCGCCGCACUACAUCCCCGCCGCUGACAGCGUACAGAGUAGAAUGUCCAAAGUCGAGCUCUACGUGUACGACCUCUCGUCCGGGAUGGCACGGUCCCUAUCCCUGCAGCUCACAGGCCGGCAGAUCGACGGUAUCUGGCACACGAGUGUGGUCGUUUUUGGAAAAGAAGUGUUCUAUGGUCAGGGGAUAAGUGUGGUCUCUCCCGGCACGUCACACCAUGGCCGCCCGCUGCAAAUCCUCGACAUGGGGCUAACACACCUCGACGAAGGCACGUUCCAGGAAUACAUCGACGAGCUAAGCUCGCAUUAUACGGCUGACAAAUACCACUUGCUGGAGUUUAACUGCAAUUCUUUUACGAACGACGUCGUUGGUUUCCUUACGGGAGGGUCGAUCCCAGGGUUCAUAAAAGACUUGCCGGCGGACUUCUUGAACACGCCUUUAGGGGCAGCACUGCGCCCUACGAUCGAUAGCAUGUUCCGCGGUCCUCCGACUGCGCCUCCCACUCCCGGACCUUCCCUCCCUUCUGGCACCUCUCCAUCUCCAUCUUCCUCUCCCCUCGCCUCCCUCGUAUCCCGACCACCUCCAGUACCGGAAACAGCAACCCUCACCGCCCCACUCCAACUAGCGACCAACCCCUCCUCCCUCCGCUCCCUGCUCAAUUCCCACAAAGCCGCCACAGUACUCUUCACCGCUCCCGCCACGUGCGCCCCGUGCAGGGUCAUCGAUCCCUUCUUCUCUGAGCUCGCGCAGUUGCGUACUGCCGAGGGGCUCGCAUACGUCAAAGUGGACCUGGACGUUGGGCUAGGUCGGGCCGCGGCGCAGGAAUGGGGCGUGAGCGCUACCCCGACCGUAAUGUGCUUUUUGAAAGGGAAGAAGAGGGGAGAAGUGAGGGGCGCGAACGUGCGAGAGAUUAGGACCCAAGUCGAUCUGUUGAUAUGCGAGCUUUAUCCUCCGCACCCCCAUACGCGGCAGGAUCUGCCAGCAAUACAGGGCAUAUCACUCAGCCCGAUCCUCUUUUCUCAAAUUCCGAAACUGGACAGCGCGUUAUCCAAGUUUCUCUCUUUUGUGAACGCCGCCUCCGCUUCGGAGGGGGACAAAAAGCGCUACCAGUUUCUUUUCCGACAAGUGCUGCUCCUACUCGAGCCGCAGGCGAAACUACCCCCUGCGCAGCUGAGAAGUACCCUACAGGCCUGGUCGGCCGCCACGGUAGACCUGGCUGCACUUCUCCCCGAGGGCGAGCUCUUCCCCCUAGCGGAUUUCUGGCGCCUCGCGGUCCUCUCCUCUCCUGUUGCCCACGCCCUCUCCGGCAACAUAGAAGGGAUUAAGUCCCUCCUCUCCCUCGCCUAUUAUUCUGGCGCCUCCACCCCCCGGCCCUACCUCCUCACCACCCUCAGACUAUGUGCGAACCUGUUCGCCUACCCUGACUUGGCUCGCUUGGUCUUCCCCUCCGAAGGGGAGAAACAGGACCUAGUCAGUUUCCUCGUCUGUACGCUCCUGUCUGACGAUGCGGGUAUAAGGACAGCCACAGCGAGCGUGACGUUCAACCUUGGUGCCUUGCACCAACAAGCAGUGCGCCAAGCGCUGGAAAAGCACACUCGUCCUCCCUCGGAAGACUGGAUCAUAGAAGUCGUCUCCGCGCUCAUCGAGGCCUUGAGCAGGGAGACAUCCAGCGAGGAAGUCGUCCACCGACUCGUGGCCAGUCUGGCGCUGUUCGUCUUCCGCGCCCCGGGCUGGGAAGAACUCAGAGAGCUGCUGCAGGUCUUACAGGCGCAGGAGGUGUUGUUGGACAAGCUCUUGCCGGGUGGGUGUGGAGAGAUAGGAGUACGGCAGAAGAGCGUACAGGUGCUUGUGAAAGAGCUGGCGGGAUUGUGUGCUUAGGUGUACCAGCAUGGAAUGGGGAAUGAAGAUCUCAAUCAGUAGAUGGUGUGUACUAUAUUUAUCCUUUAC